AUGAAUUUGACAUUAUACACCGUCUCUGCCUUCAUCAUCAUGGACACGGACGGACACCGCGUCCUCGCAAAGUACUACCACCCAAAGAACCACCCGCAGGGCGAGUCACAAAAGCUCCGUACGUUGAAGGAGCAGCGAGCAUUUGAGAAGGGGCUCUGGCAGAAAACGAAGAAGGCGGGAGGCGACAUCAUCCUCUACGACUCACAUCUCGCAGUGUACAAGCACUCGCUCGACCUCAUCUUCUACCUCAUCAGCGACCCCGCCGAGAACGAGCUUAUGCUCCACUCGGCACUGGUCGCGUUCUCGGACGCGGUGUACAUGCUCCUGCGGAACCAGGUCGAGAAGCGGGGAGUGCUGGAGAACCUCGACCUUGUCCUGCUCUGUCUAGACGAGACGAUUGACGACGGCGUCAUUGUCGAGACCGACUCCGCCGCCAUCGCGUCGCGCGUAAGCCGGCCAAAGGCGGACAGCACGGACAUCGUGAUCAACGAGCAGACGAUCAUGAACGCGUACAUGACGGUGAAGGAGAAGAUGCAGCAGAGGAUAGCGACGCUGUAA